UUCUGAUAUUAGAUCCAAUGAAAAAGUAAACAAAGUCUAGUCAAUAGUAAUUAGAUAAUUAUAUGAAUGGGAAGGACAGACUAUUGGUUUCCUGUUUACAUUGAUGAACGUAUUUUCAUAGCAAAAGAAACCAAAAUGCCGCCAGAUAUACAUCUCGACAUUCUCAGCUUUCAAAACUCCAACGGAAGCUUUGAUAUGGACAUGAAACAAAACAUAACAUAUGGAGAAAUGGACACAGACCAUGAUACAGAAAUACGAUUUACGGCUUUGGCAAUGAUCGGAAUAGCUUUAUUUAUUGUUGUUGGACUGAGUGUGGCCCUCAUAUGGAAAAGAAAAGAACAGCAACCUGUAAAACACAGCAAAACAAACGGAAUAUCGAUGAAUAACAUUUCAAAGACAAAUAUUCCAAAUAGAGUAGACAUACAUAAUGACAAAUGUUUCAGUUCAAUGGAUAAUAUACCAAAAGCACGUGGAUUCUCAGUGAUUAAUAUUUCAGAGCAAUAUAAACACUCAAUAAAUAGAACGCCAGACAAAUGGAAAUCAUUGGACAAAGAUCUCCCAAAUAUUCAUAGAAUAAAAACAGAUCAUUUAGCUUGGAAUGCUGUAAAUACUCUAUGACAAGUAAACUGGACGGACCAUCAUACAAAGGUUGUACUUGUGCUGUGUUGCCUUUUCAAAAAUUGUGUUUUAUAUGACAUGACGACAUUUUAAUUUAUGUAUUUGUAAUCGUGCAUUUUUAUAGGUCAAACGCUUUUGAAAUACUGUAUCACAUUAGAAGACAUCUUCUUAUUGAAUUGACAGAAAAAAACUAAAUGUCGGUAUCAAACAGCACAACCUAUAACAAUGUAUCUAUAACUAAUAACGAUAAAAACCUAGUAUUUGAUACGAAAUAAGUACUCAUAUGACUCGUAUUGAUUCCAUGCAUUUUUUUAAAUUCUAUAUAGUGACUUAUAAGAAUACCUGACAUUCGGGAACUGUCAAUAAAAACAAGAAUACUUUUUAUUCAGUAAAUGCAUUCAAAGGAGAUAACUUGCAUUUGUUAUUGUUUAUUUAUUUUGUUUGAGGACCGCAUUGACUUGAAAGAUUUUUAAAUCUGUUUGUAUCACACCCUAUUUCUGGGGCUUAGU